AGGGAGGAAGAGAGAAAAAGACGGGGCACUAUAAACUACAGGAAGCCCCAGUGUCAAACAAACAGGGGACUAGGAGAGCUCCAGUCCAGAACCAGCCACCAGCCUCCAGUCUCCAUUGACUUCAGGGAGUCGCAGCGCCUGCUGGACAGCAUGUCGGCGAGCCCUGGGCCUCGUGACUCAGACCGACUGCUGUUGGAACUCCAGGCCCCAGGGCCGGUGGGACUGCAGACACUGUUGGACCUGCUAGUGGGGGUGUACCAAGAGUUCCGCUUCUCACCCCUUGCCAGGGAGAAGUACGUUGCGGGCUUCCUGCAAUGGGUGGAGCCCCUGGUGAGGCAGGUGAAGAAGACGCGCAUCAAGAGGGAUGACUUCCACAUCUUGAAGGUGAUUGGUCGAGGGACCUUCAGUGAGGUGGCUGUAGCGAGGAUGCGUAGCACACAACAAGUGUACGCCCUGAAGAUUAUGAAUAAGUGGGACAUGCUGAAGCGAGGAGAGACAGCGUGUUACCAAGAGGAGAGAGAGGUUCUGCUGAAGGGUGAUCGACGCUGGAUCACCGAGCUGCACUACGCCUUCCAGGAUGACAAUUACCUGUACCUGGUGAUGGACUACUACGUGGGUGGUGACCUGUUGACCCUGCUCAGUAAGUUUGGCGACCGUAUCCCUGAGGACAUGGCGCAGUUCUACCUGGCUGAGAUGGUCAUGGCCAUUGACUCCAUCCACAGGAUGGGCUAUGUGCACAGGGACAUCAAACCUGACAACAUCCUGCUGACGGCAGAGGGCCACAUCAGGCUGGGGGACUUUGGUUCCUGUCUGAGGGUCCAGGAGGACGGCAUGGUGCACUCGUCCUUGGCAGUAGGCACACCCGACUACCUGUCCCCAGAGAUCCUGCGUGCGGUGGAGGGAGGGGGAGGCUAUGGCCCUGAGUGUGACUGGUGGGCCCUGGGGGUCUGUGCCUACGAGAUGCUGCAGGGGACCACACCCUUCUACGCAGAGUCCAUCUCGGAGACCUAUGCCAAGAUCAUGAACUUCCAGGAGCACUUUGACUUCCCCCCGUCUGGCCCCAAGGUUUCAAACAUGGCCCGUUCCCUCAUCAUGGGGCUGAUCUGUGAGAGGGAGGAUCGUAUGGGGGCUGGGGGCUCAGGGGACUUCAGGGGCCACCCUUUCUUCUGUGGACUAGAUUGGGGCUCCCUGCAUGAACUUCCAGCACCCUUCGAACCUGAAGUCUCCAACGCCACUGACACCUCAAACUUUGACGUGUUGGACGACUGCCUCAGUGAAAUGGAAACACUGAGUGACGUGAUGGACAGGGCCCCUAUCGGUGUUCACCUGGCUUUCGUUGGCUACUCAUACACAGCUACAAGACAGACAGGUGCCUUGGACCGCAGUUGUGACAUCAUGAUGGAGAUUGACCACCAGCGGCAUCAAGGGUUGCCAAGCCUCAAUUUCCAGGACAAGCUGAGUCAGAUGUGGCAGCUCAGAGACGCUCUGACAUCAACUGACAGCCUGCCUGCCCUGCUUGAGCUCCCCCUAGCCUUGGAGCAGGGUACUGCAGAGUCCACUCACACCACGAUAGAGGAGGACGAGGAGGAGACAGACCAGAAUUCAGGACUUGAUGAGGACCUGCACAGACGGCUACAUGAGGCAGAGAAGAGGAAUGGAGAGCUGGAGAAAGAGAUGGAGAGUCUAAGGGUUGAGAUCGGGGGCCUGAAGUCCUCCAAGGAGACAGAACUGCGUGUCUGCCCGUCAUCUCUUUCUCUGCCUGCCCACUGUCUGGACAAUGCGAGUGCGGCAUGCUGUGCUGUGCUGUGCUGUGACUCGCACACAAAAAAAGACUGCAUCUGUACCCUGGCCUGCAAUCCUGUUCAGUGGCUGACUGUGAGUGUGUUUCAGGGGAAAAGAUCACCCCCUGCCUGUCACUACCCGCUGGUGAUCCCUCUCCACCGCCACCUGCUGCUGUUCCACAGGGUGCGCUGGCCACAGGAGAGGACUGAGUCCUACCUGUUGGUGUGUGCGGAGGGGGGAGAGCCCCAAGCUUGGGACAGACACUGCUGUGCUGAAAUCUCCUGAACCCCCCACCCCACCACCCCCACCCUCACUAUAGUGGGGAAUGACAGACUUCUCUAUUCCAACGAGGAGUCCUAUUACAGUAUCUUGGAAUGAGAGAGUUUUGAGUAUGGUGGGUGGGUGGGUGCUAAAGAAAAUGCUACUCAUGGCACUGAGCAGAGUACUGGGGCAUAAAUAAACUGAGAGCAAUGGGGACAGCAGAACUGGAAACUUGCAGGCAGUUGGACAGACAUGGGAAAACUAAUGACUGUCACUAGAAGGAAUGAGGAGAUGUAAAUAAUAAAAUGAAGGACAUCUCCUGAACUACCAAUCGGACAGAGGUAAAAGUGAACACUGAAAACAAAGAAAACCCCAUAGGAAAAAGACAUUGCUGGUUUGAGUGACAGCCAGAGGGGCCAAUCAGCCUCCUCCAUAAGCCAACACUCUCCAGCCCACCUGGACAUUGAUGCAUUUUGCCCAAUAUUAGUGGCAUGACUUAUUAACAGCACCAUCUAAUGGUUAUUCACUGUUUGAGUUUUCCUUUGUACUUUGUAUCUAUGCAUCUAAGAGUGGAUUGUGUUGAGUCUGAGAGAUAUUUGUUGCACUAAUCUAGAGGCUCUGAUUUAAAGGCAUUUUAGAUAAGCCUGUUUGGAGUACAUAAAUCACAGCUACAGUACAAUAUUGAGCAAGCGCUGACUGAAGUUUAAGGAUAGAGUAACCUUGUCCCCAGGCUAUUGGGAGCAGCGCAUGUAAGCCUGGGAUAUCAACGAGACUUAAACACCGCGAGACUUCCGGGAAUGCUUGCCAAACAGACCAAACAAACCAGGCCGGGGGUUGGGGUUUGAGAAGAAAAUGAUUUCUUAGUUGUUCAUUUUCUCGAAAUCUAAAGGCACAACCUAGAUUCGAGCCAAUGCCUUAAGUAGUUGAACAUGUUACUAAUCCAACCUUAUGAAAAUGACAACUUAUAUUGAAGGAGUGGCUUUGAUUUGACAGCCUGCACAUGCAGUUCAGCCCGAGACGACCUUUAGACCUGGGCUGCGGUCCAAACACUUAAAAGAUACAUCCUCGUCCACUUACCCUCGCCUUAAGCCCUUGGGGGAAUCCCUGUCGCCCUGUCGUCCGAAUGAUUAGCAAAGCAAGGGAAGUUUGCAUCGUAAGCCCCUCAGCCCUCGUUUUUAGUCGGCUUUGCGAGUGUACAAUUGUGUUCACUCCGGGCCCUGAAACUCCCCAUAAUUCAAUUUGUGACGUUUACACAUCCACUAAGAAAACUUAAAAAGAAACAUCAAUGGAGAAGUCGACAUAAAAGUGUAAGUAAAAACGAAUGCAAAUAAGUUAGAAAUUCUGCUACUAAUGCACAUGACGGCACAAACACGUCUCGUAAAAAGUAAAUAUGUUUUUGUUUGGUUAUCUUUUGGAAAUUGUUGAAAUAAAACAUUUUCCUUCAGAAGUUCCAGCCAGGUUAACGUUAGUUAGGUAUUCAUUUGCUAGCUAUUAUACAGUAGGCGUAUAUUAAUAAUUAUAUAUUUAAUAUACACUACCGUUUAAAAGUUUGGCGUCACUUAGAAGUGUCCUUGUUUUUGAAAGAAAAGCACAUUUUUUGUCCAUUAAAAUAACAGCAAAUUGAUCAAAAAUACAAUGUAGACAUUGUUAAUGUUUUAAAGGACUAUUGUUGCUUGAAACAACUGAUUUCUUAUGGAAUAUCUACUGAGGCGUACAGAGGCCCAUUAUCAGCAACCAUCACUCCUGUGUUCCAAUGGCACGUUGUGUUAGCUAAUCCCAGUUUAUCAUUUUAAAAGUCUAAUUGAUUAUUAGAAAACACUUUUGCAAUUAUGUUAGUACACUGUUCUGAUUAUAGAAGCAAUACAAGGGCCUUCUUUUGAAUAGCUGAGUAUCUGGAGCAUCAGCAUUUGUGGGUUCGAUUACAGGCUCAAAAUGGCCAGAAACAAAGAACUCUCUUCUGAAACUCAUCAGUCUAUUCUUGUUAUGAGAAAUGAAGGCUAUUCCAUGCAAGAAAUUGCCAAGAAACUGAAGAUCUCGUACAACGCUGUGUACUACUCCCUUCACAGAACGGCGCAAACUGUCUCUAACCAGAAUAGGAAGAAGAGUGGGAGGCCCCGGUGCACAACUGAGCAAGAGGACAAGUACAUUAGAGUGUCUAGUUUGAGAAACAGAAGCCUCACAAGUCCUCAACUGGCAGCUUCAUUAAAUAGUACCCGCAAAACACCAGUCUCAACGUCAACAGUGAAGAGGCGACUCCGGGAUGCUGGCCUUCUAGGCACAGUUCUUCUGUCCGGUGUCUGUGUUCUUUUGCCCAUCUUAAUCUUUUCUAUUUAUUGGCCAGUCUGAGAUAUGGCUUUUUCUUUGCAACUCUGCCUUUUGGGUGGAAGUGUCUGGGAACGAGGUUAAGGAUAGAGAGAUCUGAGGCAAGUGUGUCUGUUAACAUUUUCUGGCGUUGUCAAGUUAGAAUUAGGUCUGGACCAGGAUGUUACAUGCAGCUUGCUGACACUGAGCCUUCCUACAAACAGGAAGGCUAAGCACCAUAAUGACCUGGACCAGAGAUAGGUUACACUAUAGAUGAUGUGUACUAAAAAUACAUGUUGGAGAGCUAUGGGACAUAAGUCCAGUAUAGCCAAGUAACCAACACAAGGCUAUUGGUUUGAAUCUCAAACUAUGUGUCCUGUGCUAGCUAUUAUGCUGUCAAAAUACUUGUGUAUACACUCCUUGCUGUUUGGUAAGCCAUUUUAAAUCAUAUAGGCCUAAAAUGUUCCUUUGGACAUUGAGGCAUGUAAGAGAAUUAUACUGGAUUUUGAGAGAAACCGUAUAGAGUACCACAGUAUGAGUCAUAAUACCCACAAAACCUAGUGGUCAAAUAGGGAAAUGGUUCCAAUCGUUUUUUCCACCAUUCGAUUUUAGAAACACUUAUAAUAAGGGCUGUGUUUUGUGUAGGUUUACCCUGGCGAGACUUUUUGAUAGAUGUGUAAAUCUCUCUAGGACAAGGUGACUUUUAUCUUUCUAUUUGCCUGUUUGACAUCUAGGUUUGUGGGUAUUAUGACACCUUCAUCGUGGGGCUGUAUACUACAAAAUAUGCACUGUAUACUGUAGGUUGCAAGGCCUUUUGUAUUUGAGCAAUACUUGAGAUGUACAUGAGGAAGAGCACGAUUGUCACUCACUGGGUACUAUAAAAGGUCAUACAUUUGUGACUACAUUUUGUUUUCAAUAGGUGUCAUUAUACACGGAGUAUACAAAAGAUUAAGAACACCUGCACUUUCCAUGACAUAGACUGACCAGGUGAAUCCAGGUGAAGGCUAUGAUCCCUUAUUGAUGUAACUUGUUAACCUGUCUAGCCCCGGGUUGCCGCUAGCGGCACACCCCCCCCACCCCCACUGAAAAGGCAGAGCCGCGAAAUUCAAAAAAAAUAUAUUUUUUUAAUAUUUAACUUUCACACAUUAAAGUCCAAUACAGCUAAUGAAAGACACAGAUCUUGUGAAUCCAGCCAACAUGUCCGAUUUUUAAAAUGUUUUACAGGGAAGACACAAUAUGUAAAGAUGUAAAUCUAUUAGCUAAACACAUUAGCAUAAUCCACCAUCUUUUCUUUGUCCACCAACACCAGUAGCUAUCACCAAUUCGGCUAAACUAAGAUAUUGAUAGCCACCAACCAAGAAAAAACCUCCUCAGAUGACAGUCUGAUAACAUAUUUAUGGUAUAGGAUAGGUUUUGUUAGAAAAAUGUGCAUAUUUCAGGUAGAUGUCAUAGUUUACAAUUGCACCCACCGUCACAAAUGGACUAGAAUAAUUACAAUGAGCAACGUGUUUACCUAACUACUAAUCAUCAAACAUUUCGUAAAAAUACACAGCAUACACUAAUCGAAAGACACAGAUCCUGUGAAUACAGACAAUAUUUCAGAUUUUCUAAGUGUCUUACAGCGAAAACACAAUAAAUCGUUAUAUUAGCAUAGCACAUGUGCAAACAUUACCCCAGCAUUGAUUCUAGCCAAAGAGAGCGAUAACGUAAACAUCGCCAAAAUAUAUUAAUUUUUUCACUAACCUUCUCAGAAUUCUUCAGAUGACACUCCUGUAACAUCACAUUACAACAUACAUAUACAGUUUGUUCGGAAAUGUGCAUAUUUAGCCACCAAAAUCAUGGUUAGACAAUGAGAAAAGUAGCCCAGCUGGUCAGAAAAUGUCGUGCGCCAUAUUAGACAGUGAUCUAGUCGUAUACAUAAAUACUCAUAAACGUGACUAAAAAAUAUAGGGUGGACAGCGAUUGAUAGACAAUUUAAUUCUUAAUACAAUCGCGGAAUUACAUUUUUUAAAUUAUCCUUACUUUUCAAUACAGUUUGCGCCAAGCGAAGCUACGUCAAAAAAGAUGGCGUCCUAAGCCACUAACAUUUUUCGACAGAAACACGAUUUAUCAUAAUAAAUUGUUCCUACUUUGAGCUGUUCUUCCAUCAGAAUCUUGGUCAAAGAAUCCUUUCUUGGGUCUAAUCGUCUUUUGGUCGAAAGCUGUCCUCUUGCCAUGUAGAAAUGCACAUUGCGUUCGGCAUGAACUGGAACGGUGCCCAGAGAUUCACAGUGGCUCAGAAAUAAAUGUCCCAAAAUCGCACUAAACAGAUAUAAAUUGCUAUAAAACGCUUUAAAUUAACUACCUUAUGAUGUUUUUAACUCCCAUAACGAGUAAAAAUAUGACCGGAGAAAUAUAACUGGCUACACUAAUGCUUGGAAAAACAGUAGGUCGGUGUCCUCCGCGCGCCUGACGCACCAAGAAAAGAGUUCCUACCUACAGGAUUUUUUCAUUUAUAGUGGCUGUGAUUGGGCAAUCGAUACCAUUCAAAGCGUCAUCACGUAAAGGCAUCCAGGGGAAGACGUAAGCAGUGUCCGUAUACUCAUAGGAAUAACAGUGGCCUUAAAACUGACUCCAGAACAGGGGCCAAAAUGUGUGAAAUCUGACUCCAUGUCAGGGAAAUUGCUGUAGAAUGAGUUCUGUUCCACUCAGAGACAAAAUUUCAACGCCUAUAGAAACUAUAGACUGUUUUCUAUCCAAUAAUAGUAAUAAUAUGCAUAUUGUACGAUCAAGAAUUUUGUAGGAAGCCGUUUCAAAAAUUACACGAUUUCCAUAAAUAGUGACAACAGCACCCCCUAGCCUUAACAGGUUUUAAAUCCACUUCAAUCUGUGUAGGUGAAGGGGAGGAGACAGGUUAAAGAAGGAUUGUUAAACCUUGAGACAAUUGACACAGAUUGUGUAUGUGUGCCACUCAGAGGGUGAAUGGGCAAGACAACAUAUUUAAGAGCUUUUGAACGGGGUAUGGUAGUAGGUGCCAAGCACACCGAAUUAUGGCAAGAACUGAAACGCUGCUGGGUUUUUCACGCUCAACAGUUUGCUGUGUGUUUCAAGAAUGGUCCACCACCCAAAGGACAUCCAGCCAACUUGACACAACUGUGGGAAGCAUUGGAGUCAACAUGGGCCAGCAUCCCUGUGGAAUGCUUUCGACACUUUGAGUCCAUGCCGCAACGGAUUGCGGCUCUUCUGAGGGCAAAAGGGAGGGGGGCGGGUUGCAACUCAGCAUUAGGAAGGUGUUCCUAAUGUUUGGUAUGCUCAGUUUAUAUAUAUGUUGUAUUACUGAGAUGCCUUAACGUUCAAUUGCACAUAUUUAAUCAUCUUUUGGAAACAAUAUGAAUUAUACUAAUAAAAUCUUUAUUAUGGA